UUAAACAUAAUUGUCAAUUUUUUCCUCUCAAAUACUGGAGUGGAAAACGAUGUUUCUCAUAAAUCUAAACAGUUCAAUGUGAACUGUUUUAGAAGUGAUGAUAUAUUAUACUUGAGAAGAGAGUUUAAAACUAAAUUCGAAGUUUAGUGAUAAUGAAGCUUACCAAACAUGACUUAUAUUUAUUUUAAUUCAAGUGAAGGUAAACUACAUAAAGAACCAAUUUCAGAUGUGUGGGAAAACAACUCUAUAUUGAUAAGCCGUACAAAAACUAAUUUAAAAUGUAAAAUCUUAGCAUUGAAACAAUCUGUCAUAAAUAUUAAUAACGAAACCGAAGAGCUGAAUUCCAUUUUAUCUGGUGUUGAGGAUCAAACUUCUGGAGUACAAAUUAUCAAAGACAUCGUAAGGAAAAGGGAUGAAUUAUUGAAGCGUUGCAGAAAACAAAUCCAAGAAAUAAAUACAGAAAAGGCAAAACUGAAAAAUAUUGUUAAAAAAAUGAAUAAUAGUAGAGUGAUGAUGACAAGUGAAAUGGCGUCAAAAUCUCUACCAGGGCCAAAAGAUAAUAGCCUUCCAAAUAUUGUAAUACAAAACUCCAAUAUGACAAGAUGUUUGGAAGGUGAAUACAAGCACAAUAAUACAAUUAAAAUAGAGAAAGAGAUUAGACGUCGGCUAGAGCAACAUAAAUUUGUGCAAAAGCGCCAACUCGCUGCAAACCUGAGAAACGUCAUAGGUGAAUUUGAAAAAUCCAAUGUAAGAAUAAACCGAAGUCUUCCACCAAGAGAGAAUAAGCAAAAUAAUUGUAGCAAUAUACGAAACAAAAACCUUUGGAAAAAUAAAGCUUUAGAUUUCCUUAUACGUAACGUUGGUAUCAACUCAAUUCAACAAGGUAAACACCCACCACCAUUUGAUAAAGAUCAAAACCUUUAUCAAAACUUAGUAGUUCCAUGCAGUUCAACAACUACUGAAUUGGGUGAAUACUUUGUGGAUAAUGUUUCAACUGAGCUUCAAAAUAAAGAAGAAAAGGAAAUUGUGAGCGAGCAUCCUCCAGAAACAUCAGAUUCUCUAGACCAGCUCCAGCUUACUUUAGAAUAUAGUCAGACUAAGUCAAAUAUUGAAACACAACAGAGUAUCAAUCCAAAUCCGAACGAAUUCAGUAACAUAUUUAUAUCAAAGUAUAUUCCUGAAUUAAGAGCGAAGAUUUCAGAUAAACAAUUAAGGUUGUGUGAUUCCCAGCCUGUGAAAUUUGAAUCAAAGAUUAUAUGUUCACAAAAUACACAUUUAUUGAGAAAUACAUUACUAGAAUUCUUUCUCAAGGCAAGAUCAGAACCAAUUUUAACCCUGAAAUUAGAUUCAUUAAACUGUAGUGAUAUAUCAAAGAUGAGAAUGAUUUUUGACCCGAUUUCUUCACAGGACUGCAAUGGAGGAAAUGUUUAUAAUAACAAAGAAAUAAGUGAGUGGGUGAAAAAAGAUGAAUUAGACGAAAUACAAUCCUUGAAAGGGAUGGUUGAAUCCGAUUCCUCAAAGGUAGUAGAUGUAAUUCCAUAUUAUCAAGAUAAUUCGAAAUCCGGAAAUGAAGAAAUUGACAGUAAUAAAAAUUUACAGCUACUACCACGAAAAAGAAGAGCACACAUUCCAAAUUCAGUCUCUAGCUUACAAUUAGGAGCUAUUGCACAAUUCAAAUUUCUAGUUAUGAACAAAUCUGAUCCAAUUAUAAAAAUAAUAACUCAAUAUACAGGAGAUAAAUAUAGUGUUGUAACAGAUGAUAGCAAAAUCGAAGAUUUUAUAGAAAAGGGAUGUAAUUUGAAUUUGCAAAUAAUUGCUGAUAAUGUACAACAUAAGAAGAUUGUACAAAGUUUCCAAAUAUCGGAGCUGGUAAAUGAAAACCGAAUUCGUCUACUGAAAAGGAACGAAGAUAAUUCACAAUUGGAGAAAAACAUGUUGUUCUUACAGGGGAAUACAGAAACAGAAUAUGGGGAGUGCAAAAGCAUAAAAGUAUCAAAGGAUUUGGUGACGGUAUUGGAUCCAGCUGAAUAUCGUGCACCGGUUCAGUUUGAGAAUAAUGCAAAUACCAGCGAAAUAUUGAGAAACAACUACCAUCAAAUUUUGAAUAAAACAGUACCGAUACGAGAAACAAUUAGUAAUAAAGCAUCAAAACAUUUCAAGCACCACGGCACUGAUCCCAUCUUCAAGCCAUCAUUGACCAUAGGCGUUAAUACUGAGACAAAAAAACAGAAUUAUAUUGUAACGAAAGAUCAAACUACUGAAACUAUUUUGAUUGGAAGGCGUAAGGAAAAAGCAGUACAUCGAGCUACUGAUCCGCUUGUUGUAGAAACUCAACCUAAAAGUAGAAGUAUGAAGAUGAAAGGAAUACAAACAAAAAUGAUUUUACUCAAUAUAAAGAAGAAAUCUCAGAAACAGUCCAUCGACUCAAAAACUAAGUUGAGUGUAUUUCUAAAAAAAAAGAAAAAAAAGUUUGCGGCGGAAAAAGUCGCAGAGAACUUAUCAUCAACACAAGAGAACGAAGAGCAACCAUCACUUUUGAAUCACAGUGAGAUAUUACAAACUCGAGUUGGAAUAAAUGAACCAAUGAUAGAACAAAAUGAGCUAAUGUAUAAAAAUAUGGAGGUACAUAUAGAAAAUAAUGUGGAAAUUGAAUCGAAAUAUGAGAUGGAGACUUCCAAUGUAGAAGAUAGAAAAGAAUUAUUAGUGCAAAAUAUCAAUGUAGAGAUGAAUUCGACUUCAAAAAAUCGGACGAAGGCAGAAGAAGUAAUGAAAACUUGCUUUAAUAGAAAAUCAUCAGAUGUAUCAAUGAAAUCGUACCAAACAAUCAUGACAUCACAACAAAACAUUUUAAAAGAAAAUAUAGAUAAGAAUUUUGAACGAUAUCAAAUCAGAGAAUCAUUACCAGAAAAUGGAAGUAUUAAUGAUGGAAUGAUAUUUGAAAUGAUAGAGUCUUUGCAAAAUCUACAAACUACUUUGUCUCAAUGUCAAAUAGAUGAUGAUACAGGAUUUCCGAAAAAAAGUCUAGAGGAACUUUUUGUUGUGUUUAUUGAUUUUGUACGAAAGUUUCCUAUAAAAUCUAAUGAAUUCCGCAACUCAAAUGACAAAGUAACACAAACAACUGAAGCAAGUACUAGCGGUAUUAUAAAUAUUGAGAAUCAAGUAUCGAAAUUAUCGCAAAUUCAUGCAGAAUCGCGCAGUAAUGCCAAUAGAGAAGUGACACAGGACUGUACGCAAACAAUAGAAAACACAGAUGGACAAUCUUCAGAAAAUCAUCGAAUAGAAAGUCGUGACGAAUCAAUUGAGCGUCUCAAAAAACGGGGAAAAAGAAUAAUUUCGGGAAAACGAUCAUCAGUGAUAUCAAACAUGGUUAACAAUGGAUGUCAGUCGAGUGAAAGUACAAGUGAACUUCAUGAAGAUAAUCACAAACUUCAAAAACAUGCAACAGGACAACAAAAUAGUUUCUGUAAAUUGAGAUGUUCGGUAUCUGAUACGAUUGAACAAAAUCCAGAUGAUCAUUAUCCACUCAAACGUGACUUUGGAGUGAGCUACUCAAUGUGCCAGGAUAAAGUAGACUUCAAUACUUCUAGUAUUGACAGAUCUAAGGCAUGCUCAUGUGAUUGUAUGAUGGGUCCAGAAAGAUAUCAAUUUGGAAUGAUGUGCAAACAAUUGAAAUCUAUGCAUGAAGUUGAUCAUUCUAUGGAUUGUAGUUACCAAAAAAAGGGUUUUUCCAAUCAUAGAGAAGUAUGCAGAAUCAUUACAACUCUCAUGCGGGGAUUAGGAGAUGAGGAGAAAGUAAUUGGUUCCACAUGCAAAUCAAAAAAUAUUAUGAAUGAAAAAAUGCGGUUUAAUACUACAAAUAUGAGGCCUAAUGAACUGAAAUCAGAUUCUAGUGAGGGAAAAUGUGAUUUUAAUCAGCAUGAACGAUAUGAAAUAUUCACAAAAGGUCAAUACAAAAAUAAAAAUUUACACGAAUUUGCCGGAGAUAUGAAAAAAAAUUCAAGUAGAAGAUCGACUCCAGAAUUAAAGCAGUUCAAUAGAAAACAACGAACACUAUUCGAAGAUCUCUUACCAUUCGGUAAAAGAUUGGUUUUGACUCCCCGACGGUCAUAGUUGUUAUAGCAUUCAUCACCAACAUUGUGUCUUCUUUAAAAUAAAUUAUAAAAUGAAAA